GCGCGGAGGCGUCGUCGUCACCCGCUUGCGGAGAGCCAACGGUCGCGAGCGCGCGCCGCAUCCAGCGCGAACAGCUGAGCGCAGCGCGGUACAGAACGACGUGAAAACACCGGCGCGCGGCACCCCUGUAUCCACUGAGGUAAGCGUCAGUCGAGUUGCCAUGUCGGCCAAAGCCAUCUCUGAGCAGACGGGGAAGGAGUUCCUCUACAAGUACAUCUGCACCUCAGCGGCCGUGCAGAACCGCUUCAAGUACGCCAGCGUGACGGGGGACACGGAGUGGGGGCGGCUCACGCAGGAGCACCCCUGGCUGCUAACGGAGAGACUCGUGGUGAAGCCCGACCAGCUGAUCAAGCGACGAGGGAAGCUGGGGCUUGUCGGAGUCAAUCUGGACCUGCGAGGGGUGCAGGAGUGGCUGAAAUCCCGUCUCAUGAAGGAGGCCACCGUGGGGAAGGCGAAAGGCGUCCUGAAGAACUUCCUCAUUGAGCCAUUUGUUGCCCAUAAGCAGGAGGAGGAGUUCUACGUGUGCAUCUAUGCGGCGCGUGAGGGCGACUAUGUGCUCUUUUACCACGAGGGUGGCGUGGAUGUGGGCGAUGUGGACGCCAAGGCCCAGAAGCUCCUGGUGGGAGUGGAUGAGAAGCUGAGCGAGGAGGCGGUCAAGAGACAACUUCUGACGCACGUGCCCAUGGACAGGAAGGAGGUCCUGGCCAGUUUUGUGGUGGGCCUCUUCAACCUGUACGAGGACCUCUUCUUCACCUACCUUGAGAUCAACCCACUUGUUGUCACCAAGGAUGGCGUGUUUGUGCUGGACAUGGCAGCCAAGAUCGACGCUACCGCCGACUUCAUCUGCAAGGCCAAGUGGGGGGACGUGGAGUUUCCCCCUCCCUUCGGAAGAGAGGCCUACCCCGAGGAGGCCUACAUCGCGGACCUCGAUGCCAAGAGUGGCGCCAGCCUCAAGCUCACUUUGCUGAACCCUCGCGGGCGCAUCUGGACCAUGGUGGCUGGAGGCGGCGCAUCUGUGGUGUACAGUGACACCAUCUGUGACUUGGGUGGAGUCAACGAGCUUGCCAAUUACGGGGAGUAUUCGGGGGCACCCAGCGAGCAGCAGACGUACGACUACGCCAAGACCAUCCUGUCCUUGAUGACCCGGGAAAAGCACCCAGAUGGAAAAGUGCUGAUUAUUGGAGGAAGCAUAGCCAAUUUCACGAACGUGGCAGCGACGUUCAAGGGCAUUGUGAGGGCCAUCAGGGACUACCAGGAGCCUCUCAAGGAGCACGAGGUCUCCAUCUUCGUGCGCCGAGGUGGCCCCAACUACCAGGAGGGGCUACGGGUCAUGGGAGAAGUGGGGAAGACCACAGGAAUCCCCAUCCACGUCUUUGGCACGGAAACCCACAUGACAGCCAUUGUGGGCAUGGCACUCGGCCACCGGCCCAUUCCCAACCAGCCGCCCAUGGCAUCCCACACCGCCAACUUCCUGCUCAAUUCCAGCGGAAGUUCUUCGACUCCGGGCACCAGCAGGACGGCUUCCUUCUCCGAACCCAGGGUUGCUAAUGGUGGAAUUCCUGCCAAGAAGGCCAGGCCAGGUGUUCCACCAGUGAAAGCCACCACGCUGUUUACCAAGCACACAAAGUCCAUCGUGUGGGGUAUGCAGACGCGGGCGGUGCAGGGCAUGCUGGAUUUUGACUACGUCUGCUCAAGGGAGGAGCCUUCUGUGGCCGCCAUGGUCUACCCCUUCACGGGAGACCACAAACAGAAGUUCUACUGGGGUCACAAGGAGAUCCUGUUGCCAGUGUACAAGAACAUGGGUGAUGCCAUGAAGAAGCACCCGGAGGUGGACGUACUCAUCAGUUUCGCCUCCCUGCGCUCUGCGUUUGACAGCACGAUGGAGACCAUGCAGUAUCCCCAAAUCCACACCAUCGCCAUCAUUGCAGAAGGGAUCCCUGAAGCCCAGACCAGGAGACUGAUCAAGAGGGCGGACGAGAAAGGCGUUACCAUCAUCGGCCCGGCCACAGUGGGUGGUAUUAAGCCCGGCUGCUUCAAGAUCGGGAAUACAGGGGGCAUGCUGGACAACAUCCUGGCCUCCAAACUGUAUCGGCCUGGCAGCGUGGCCUACGUGUCCCGUUCCGGUGGCAUGUCCAACGAGCUCAACAACAUCGUCUCCCGCACCACUGACGGCGUCUUUGAGGGCGUGGCCAUUGGCGGUGACAGAUAUCCAGGUUCUACUUUCAUGGAUCAUGUGUUGCGCUACCAGGACACCCCUGAGGUUAAGAUGAUUGUUGUGCUGGGUGAGAUUGGUGGUACAGAGGAGUACAAGAUCUGCGAUGGCAUCAGGACAGGGAGGAUCACCAAACCCAUGGUGUGCUGGUGCAUUGGGACCUGUGCAACUCUGUUCUCCUCAGAGGUGCAGUUCGGCCAUGCUGGGGCCUGCGCCAACCAGGCCUCUGAGACGGCCGUGGCUAAGAACCAGGCCCUGAUGGAGGCUGGGGCCUUUGUGCCGAGAAGCUUUGAUGAACUAGGCGACAUCAUCAAGAAGGUCUACGAUGACCUUGUGGCUACUGGCACCAUUGUUCCAGCCAAGGAGGUGCCGCCCCCUACGGUGCCAAUGGAUUAUUCAUGGGCUCGAGAGCUGGGUCUCAUCCGCAAGCCCGCCUCCUUUAUGACCAGCAUCUGUGACGAGCGCGGCCAGGAGCUCCUCUACGCUGGCAUGCCCAUCACCGAGGUCUUCAAGGAGGAAAUGGGGCUGGGAGGCGUGCUGGGUCUGCUGUGGUUCCAGAGGAGGUUGCCGCGCUACGCCUGCCAGUUCAUCGAGAUGUGCCUGAUGGUGACGGCAGAUCACGGGCCUGCGGUGUCUGGGGCUCACAACACUAUCAUCUGUGCCCGUGCUGGCAAGGACCUCAUUUCCAGCCUGACGUCAGGUCUGCUAACCAUUGGUGACCGAUUCGGAGGCGCAUUGGAUGCCGCAGCAAAGCAGUUCAGCAAGGCCUUUGACAGUGGCCUGCUGCCCAUGGAGUUUGUCAACAAGAUGAAGAAGGAAGGCAGGCUGAUCAUGGGCAUCGGACACAGAGUCAAGUCGAUUAACAACCCAGACAUGAGGGUUCAGAUUCUAAAGGACUAUGUGAAGCAGCACUUCCCUGCCACCCAACUGCUGGACUAUGCCUUAGAUGUAGAGAAGAUCACCACCUCCAAGAAACCCAACCUCAUCCUCAACGUGGAUGGCUUCAUCGGUGUGGCCUUUGUAGACCUGCUAAGAACAUGUGGUGGAUUCACAAGGGACGAGGCAGAUGAAUUUGUUGAAAUUGGAGCUUUGAAUGGUAUCUUUGUACUGGGCAGAAGCAUGGGUUUUAUAGGGCACUAUUUGGACCAGAAGAGACUGAAACAGGGUUUGUACCGUCAUCCUUGGGACGACAUCUCCUAUGUGCUUCCAGAACACAUGUCCAUGUAAACCAUGGCAGCAAAAGCCUGCGUGAAGAACAUCUAGGCUAUUAGUGCGAGAGACUAGAGGUACAAUUGUACGGUAGUUAAUAGGUUUGGCACAAGAUGUAGCUCCAGACCUAUCAUUAUUUAGGCAAAGAUUCUAAUUAGUUCAUUAAAAUGGAUAUUAACACCACUGUGACACUUUUACCACUGUGAACUAAAUCUCAGAUGUCAUAGUAGGAGGCUUACAGAAAUUGUGCGCAAAAUGUGAGUUUAGUUAGUCUAGAUGAGCAGCACAGACCUCAAGUGAGCCUCUGCUUCUGCGUUGUCCAUCAGUAAAAUCUUCUGUGAGUUAAUGGAAACCAAUACAGCAAACUCAUCGUCAGUACUGUAGAGUAUCGAGAUCACGUCCCAUACUGUCCAAUACAGCUAGCAACAGUUCUGCUUGUGCUCUUAUAUCUAACUACGGCCAGCUACUAUUAUGCUGCUGUGUAGCAGAGAAUGUCUUGUGUGCUCUUUAGAGUCGUACGUUUUAGAAUAAAAAGCUUGCUGUUGUGGUAAGCGCAUGAGUUAGACCAUUGUGUUUUUGCAUUGAAGGCAAGGUGGGUGCUGGUGCACGAAUGUACAACUUGGACUAACUGCUAGAGUGAUGAACCAUGCACCUUUCUCAAAGC